AUGAAAAGUACAAUUCGUUUAUUAUUAACUUUAAUUAAUAAAUUUGAAAUUGUUUAUCAAUAUAUAAAACAACGUCAACAAAUCUUUCGACAAUUAAUUGAUAAAGAAAAUCAAAUUUAUUUACUUUUAUCUUCAUUGAUGAACGAUGAACAAAUUAUUCAAUCGAUUCAAAAUAAUCGACAAUUUCAACAAAUUAUUCGAGAUUUUCUUUAUCAAAAACACGAACAAAUAUUUUAUCAAAAUUCCAUAUUAAACAGAAGAUUAAAAGUUUUAUAUGACGAAGCAUCAAUUGUGAACGUUAUUGAUGAAGGAAAACAUUCUUUACGAGAAAAUACGAAACAUUCCAUUUCUACACUUCCAGUUAUAAAAGAAGAAAGCAAAAAUGUGUUAAAAGGUUCAACAGAAUUAAUUCAAUUUCAUGGAAAAGAUAAUAAAUUAAUGAAUUCGAAAGAAACUGAUAAAAUGUCCAAUGAAUUAUCAAUAAAUCCUGGUAAAGAUAUGAAAAUGUCUUCAAGGAAAAUCAUUGAUGAAAAAGAUUCGAAAAAUGUAACUAAUGACAAAAUUCCAUUGGAAUCUUCAUUAAUUAAUCAUAAUAAAAUACCGAUGGAUAAUCCAAAUGAUUCAAUGAGUGAAAAAUGUUUAAAUGAAGAUACAGAGAAAUCUUUAGAAUAUUUUCUUAAAUCAUUAAAUUGUCAAGAAAAGAAUUCAAAAGUCAAUCAUUUACUUGUUGGUAUUUGUCAUCAAAAUAUUGGAGGAAUUUUUGUUAAAAAACAUCUUUAUGAUAAAGCUUUGGAUCAUUAUUUAAAAUCAAUUUCGAUUUAUGAAAAACAUUUAAAAAAUGAGAAAAAAGAAGAAGAAAUGAAUAUAAAAUUACUUUAUGGGAAAUGUCAUUGUGAAAUUGCACGAAUUUAUCAAAAAGAGAAUUAUUAUGAUAAAUCAACCGAAUAUUUUCUUAAAACGAUUCAAUUUAUGGAAGACAAUUUUCCUUUAGACAAACUUUGUUUCUUAGCGGAUUGUUAUGAAGGAAUUGGUUUAAAUUUUUAUCGUAAAUCUCAAUAUGAUCUUAGUAUUGAAUAUUAUAGUAAAUGUUUAGAUUUUCUUUUAAAACAUUUAAAAGUAGCGAAAGGUUGUGAUCAUCAAAAAGAAAUUGUUUCAUGUCUUAUUGAUUUAAGUUGUGUUUAUAUUGAUAAAAAAGAUUAUACAAUUGCAUUAAGAAAUUUAGAAAAAAUCUCUCAAAUUUUACCUUUGAAUCAUAAAGAUUAUCCAAAUUCGUUUCUGUUCAUUGGUUUAUGUUAUAUGGAACAAAAACAAUAUGAAAUUGCAGUGAAACAUUUCCAUACAGCGAUUCAACAUUAUGAAAAACAUUUACCUUCGAAUAAAGAAAAUUAUGCGUUAUGUUAUUCACAUCUUGGAACUUGUUAUUCAAAUAUGACAAAACAACUCUAUGAGAAAGGCAUUUCUUCAAUUUUAAAAGCAAUUGAAAUCUAUGAAAAUGAUUUUCCCGAACAAAAAAGUAACAUUGCACAAUGUUAUUGGACUUAUGCAUUUAUUCUUUCUAAACAAGGAAAAUAUGAUGAAGCCAUUUUAAAUUUAUACAAAUCGUUAGAAUUUCGUUUAAAUGAAGAUUCAUUAAAUAUUGGUUUAUCGUAUAAUCUUCUUGGAAAUUGUUAUUUAAAGAAAUUUGAAUUUAAUCAAGCUUUAUCAUCAUUAUUAAAAGCAAUGAAUAAUUAUGAAAAACAUCUUUUAGAUUUAUUUAAUGAAAUUGGUGCAUCGAUUUUUCUCGAUAUUUCGACUUGUUUAUUAAGAUUAAAUAAUUUUGAUUAUGCUUUAGAAUAUGCAUUGAAAUCAUUGGAAAUCCGUGAAGAACUUUUACCAUUAAUUGAUUUACAAAAAGCCGAAUCACAUAGUAUUUUAGCAUUAAUUUAUUCUCAAGAACAAAUUCAACAAGAUAUCAAAUGUAAUCAACAUUCAACAAAAGCUUUAGAAAUCUGUCGACAAUUAAUUUAUAAUAAAGAAGAUUUAGAAAAUAUUGGAGAUGUUUUUCAAAACAUUGCCGAAGUGUUUCUUAAUGUUAAUGAUUUUGGUCAAUCAAAGAAAUAUUAUGAAAUUGCAUUGAAAUUUAUGAAAAUUGAUAAAAUUCAAAAUCAUGUUGAUAUUCAAAGAAUUGAAAAUCUUAUUCAAGAAUUGGACAAAACUCAAUUAUUAAUCAAAUCAAAAAAUUAA